GAAUCACCUUCCUGUCCGGCGGGCAGAGCGAGGAGGAGGCCUCCAUCAACCUCAACGCCAUCAACAACUGCCCGCUGCCCCGGCCGUGGGCCCUGACCUUCUCCUACGGCCGGGCGCUGCAAGCCUCCGCGCUCAAUGCCUGGCGGGGCCAGCGGGAGAACGAGGAGCUGGCCACGGAGGAGUUCCUCAAGCGAGCGGAGGUCAACGGUCAAGCAGCUCUCGGCAAGUAUGAAGGCAGCGAUGACGGCUCCGGGGCGGCUGGACAAUCGCUCUACGUGGCCGACCACGCCUACUAG